GGGAGGUGGUUUGCAAGUGGGAGUGAUGACGAGAUUGUGAUGAUAUGGGACCUUGAUCCAUUGGUUAGGGGCAAGGUCUUUGGUUCCAAUGAAGUCAAUGUAGAAGGAUGGAAACCAGUGAAGCGACUUCCAGGCCACGAAAGCGACAUUACUAACCUAGCAUGGGCGCCAGGGAAUCGUUACCUUGCCUCA